CUUACUCAAUACAGGGUACACGAUCCUCAUCUCAUUUCUUUCUUGCUCAUAUGUUCGCAGUAAACGAGUUGGGGCUCAGCUACUUUGAUAUCACCACAUUGCGUGAAUUGGGAGGAAAGAGAUUCAAUUGAUACAUCAUGCGUUUCUCGCCAUUCACCUUGCUACAAUACUGCGAUAGUAGCCAUCAUCCCGUGGAUAACAUAUGCAAACCCCCUUCAACAUGACGGAACGGCAAUUGAAGAAGAUACGCCCGCUUGGCAAACUCGAACAGCUCUCAGAAGUCGCCCAUCAUAUAGACUUCUUCACAAAUACUGGCCUUUCUGCACACUACGCACCAACACAGGCCUUGCCUGGCUUCGAUCUGGAAGAGACCGUCUACGGUGCCUUAUCACAAGUCCUCACCCAACAUCCGGUUUUGUUUGCGAUCCCAGUUAUAUCGGAAAAGGACGAACCGUAUUGGGGACGACUAGCCUCAAUCGAUCUCGAGAAAGCUGUGUCCUUUGUCGACCGAAGUCAGCCAUGUUUGACCGGAGAUCAAACAGACGACGAGCUCGAUUCGCUGCUUGAACGCCAACACAACACAAACUUCAAGGCUGGAUAUGGCACUCUACCUGUCUGGAGACUGAUAAUACUCAAAGACCAUGAUUUGAGCAAAGGAUUCACGACCUCAUUCAUUGCCCACCAUUCGAUGACUGAUGGAACUGGCCUUCGGAUUUUCCAUGACUCGUUCCAGAAAGCUCUUUGUGACAUUGAGUCCAGUUUCGUAGGUCACCUUGAUCGGGUUGUAUACUCGAAUGAUGCGCCGAUUGCUCCAUCACUCGAGUCGCUUCACCCUCUGCCAAUCCCGACGAACGCACCGGCAUCUCAUGAUGCGGAGCUGAAUGAGUGGAGAGGGACUCCCAUCGCAUUACCCUGCGUUACACGUUACAAAUCACUCUCGUUUCCAUCACAUAUGAUGGGGCACUUUGUGCAAGACUGCAAAAAGCACAGAGUGGCACCAACAGCGGCUCUUCCGUCUCUUGUCGCCAGGUUGCUGUACAACAAUCUUCCACUGACAGCUGAGGCUCUUACAUGCAACCUUCCAGUAAGCUUACGAUCGGACCUACCGCCAAAGCUGGUCGAAGGAAUCAUGGGUAACUUCAUCGAUGCCUUCAAAGUCCAGGUUCUUCGCUCCGAUUUGGACCAGGUUUCAGAUGACUCAAGUACGGGCGCUACUGGGAUCUGGAACCAUGCUAAGAAGAUCCAACAAGCUACUAGAAAUUAUUUUGCGAAUGCCUCACCUUCCGGAGAGCUAUAUGCAAAUGUCGCUGCACUUAAACUUAUCCCAGAUAUUGGCGCAGCCUUGGCCGGAUCAAUCGGCCAUCCUCGCGGAGAAUCUUUUGAGGUCUCAAACCUCGGGACCUUUUCACAGGCUAAGAACAUCAAGGGAGACGCCAAACUAUUAUGGCAUCGAGGAAAAGUGUUGUUGAGCCGAUGCGCAUAUGCUGGAGGAGCUCCGUUGGUGAUUUGCGUACUGAACAACGAGGAGUAUGUUGGGUUUGGCUUCACAUGGCAGGAUGGUUCUAUUGAGGAGAGCAUUGUCCAGGCUGUGAUCGAUGGCAUCACAACAUACUUCAACACUAGGACGUAGGCAUCCAACAGUAAUAGAGGGGAAAGAAAGGUACCAGCGGUCUCAAUUGCCGUGAUAUCGUCAUUUCAGGCAUGAUGCUUGUACGUGGUCAAUUGAAGUUGAAUUGCGGCUUCGGUGUCAGGCGUCAAAAACGAAUAAGAUUUAGCGGCCAUGGCGGGCGCAUCCCACUGUAACAUGCGAUCUCGAUGCACCUAUGCAGGCGAGUUAUGUCACUGACCUUUCAGCUAUCCUACCUUACUUACUCGCACAAAUACAUUCAAGACUGCCAAUUAUCGCAAUUUCGGACUGUAUCUAUUAAUUACUGUCUUAUCCAGAUAUUAAGCUUGAUGAUAUGGAUAGAGAUUAUUUCUGUUGUCUUAAUAGCCUGGUCCUUAUUGACUCCUCUAUAGAUCCAAUCUCACUCACCUCGGUAGUCUCGGCUACAAAACAGCACCUCCUCAUUCUUUUCAUCCCACCGGCCAUGGCAUAAUAUCAUUACAAUUGCUUACAAUAUCAGUCUGCGUGUACCUCUAUGUCU